UGCUACCUGCUUCAGUCAGUAUAUUCGCGUUUCUCUUAGCGAAGAAUAAAAAAAAACAUCAGGGGACUGUUAAAAUGACUGAGUUCGACUUGAAUUAAAGAGGGAUCUAGACUAUUGUGACUGGUGUUUUUGUGAGUUUUCGUGUCUGAACAUGGCGAAAAUAUCAGUGUACUUUCUUGGAUUUAAUUUUCUGAUUUGUUUCGUAUGGAUAAGUCGAGCAGCGCUGAUCAAUCAUUCAGUGGAAGUCAAAGGAUACAGCGAUGGAAAAGUGUGCACAGGUACCAACAUUGGACUACUCCACUCUGCAGAUCCAGAAUAUCAGUACAACAUGUACAAGACAAUGUAUACCAACUGCACCUAUGUCAUGGGCAAUUUGGAGAUCAACUUUCUCCAACAUGGUUAUUUUGACAUGAGUUUUCUAAAGGACAUAAAAGAAGUUUAUGGCUAUGUGUUGAUAGUAGGCAACCAUGUCAACAACCUGAUGCUCACCAACCUUCAAAUCAUCCGAGGCAUGACCCUGUUUUACUAUCACAAAACCGAACAGUACUACAGUCUGUAUGUGGCUUUAAACGACGGCAAGGACAACCGGGGGCUGCGUGAGCUGGGUUUUGUCAACUUGUUGGAAAUCAUGAAUGGCGGGGUGUACUUCCAAGAAAACAGACACCUCUGUUACGAGGAUACUAUUUCAUGGCAUCACAUAGUCAAAGAUACAAAUAAUAAUGCACCUUGGCGGUGGGAUGGCGAACACACACAAGACUGCCCGCCGUGUCAUGAGAGCUGUUACAACAAUUUGACAAAGGCACAUCACUGCUGGGGUGCAGGGCCCAACAUGUGUCAGAAAUUGAACCACAAAAACUGCCAUGCCAACUGUCAAGAGGGUGUCUGCUCCGGUCCCUUGCCCCAAAACUGCUGUCACCCCGACUGUGCUGGAGGCUGUAAUGGACCAACCAGGAAAAAUUGCACAGCAUGCCGAGAGUUUGUUGAUGGUAACGAAUGUGUACCACAUUGUGCAAAGCCUCUGAUUUAUGAUAAAAGCCUAAUGAAGAAUGUCAAGAAUCCUAAUGUCAAGUACACAUUUGGCACCAAGUGUCUCAAGGAGUGUCCUUAUUUUAUGCUUGAAGACAAUGGAAACUGUGUGAUCCAAUGCCCAGAAGGAAAAUAUGCUAAAGACAAGCGCCAUUGUGAGGACUGCCCAGGGAGUUGCCCAAAAAUUUGCACAAGUCUUUCGGUGGGAGAAUUUCUGACUAAAGAUCAUCUUGCUUCAUUCGAAAACUGCACCAUCUUAGAUGGUAGCUUGUUCAUUGUCCAAGCAAGUAUAGUUGGAGAUCCCCAUUACAACAUCAGUGGGAUACACCCGGAUGAGCUCAUGGUGUUUAAGCAUGUGAAAGAGAUCACAGGCUACCUGUCCAUUCAGAACACCCCUCCAAACCUUUUAAACUUCAGCUUCUUGGGCAGCCUAGAAGUUAUCCAUGGCAGACAGCAAACUGCUGGAACUGGGGCCUACUCCCUGGAGAUAAUUGUCACCCAUGCCAGGUCACUGGAACUUAUCUCCCUGAAGUCCGUCAGAAAUGGAAAUAUAUUCAUUAGCCAAAAUCCCAACCUCUGUUACGCGGACACUGUAAAUUGGAAUGAAGUGAAAGAAAAUUCAGCACAAAUUGUACACUUGCUAGGAAAUAAAAGAAAGGAAACUUGCGAGGCAGAAAAUGAAAUAUGCGACGCUGAAUGUGAUACCUCUGGCUGUUGGGGCAAAGGGCCAACCAAAUGUGUCAAAUGUAAAAAUUUCAUGUACGAGGAAGAAAACCUGUGCCUGUCAACUUGCAACAGUAGCCCUAAAUAUCAGCUGUACCAUAAUUUUGGCAACAAGUGCGCCCGGUGCCAUGAAUUUUGUAAUGGCUCAUGCAAUGGUCCAAAUAAUACACACUGUGAAUCAUGCCGUCACGUGACUAUGAUCCAGGCCAAUGGUCAAAGAAUCUGUGAGGAGUUUUGUACUGACACAAUGUAUCCAGACGAGCAUAACAUAUGUAGGGAAUGUCAUCCGUACUGUGGAGAUAGAGGUUGCAAUGGCCCUGAGAACGUUGUUGGUCCCCAAGGCUGUAAAGCAUGUAACCUGGGGUUGAAAAAUGUAACAACCAAACAGAUUUUCUGCCUGCACGAGUCGAUUGACACAUGCCAGCCUGGUUACUAUAAGACUCAACAUCAUUCUGGGGGAAGCACGCCUCCAUUCCAGGUAUGUGAAAAAUGCCACGAAUUUUGCAGUACCUGCUAUGCAGCAUCAUCAGACAGCUGCCCAGAGUGCAAAUACUUCAAGAACGACAAACACUGCACCAAGGAGUGUCCACCGGUUAACUACGCCAACCCUAUCACUAAGAUGUGUGAACCGUGUCACUCAGAGUGUCGCGCUGGUUGUCACGGAACCAGCACGUCUGAUUGUCUUGCUUGCGCUAACUUCAAGGUCUACAUAGACAGGGAAAACAACACAUUUAACUGCACCCCUGAGUGUCCAGAGUACUUGCCCUACACAGUGAAAGACCUGGAUAAAGAUGAAAAUAAAAUUGUUUGCGUCGACAGAUCCCACCCAGAGAUUGCCAAAUUGCUGGACAAAACAUCAGAAGAGGAGAGGAAACUCAAGAUUAUACUGGGCUGCACCAUCCCAGGUGUUACCAUCCUGUUGAUCAUUAUCAUCUGUAUCACCUACUAUUGCCACAAAAAAGCCCAAAAUUACAGGAGAGCUAUGGAGUUCACAGCAAAGAUCGCAGGUGUUGAAGAUAUGGAGCCUCUUACCCCCACCAAUGCUAAGCCUGAUUUGUCAAAAAUGAGAAUCAUCAAUGAAGAGGAAUUGAAAAGGGGAGCUAUAAUUGGAUCUGGGGCUUUUGGUACAGUUUACAAGGGUUUUUGGGUGCCUCAUGGAGAGAAUGUCAAGAUCCCAGUGGCCAUUAAAAUCCUCCAAGAUGGCCCCUCCCCUGGCCAGUCCAGGGAGCUGUUGGAAGAAGCCCGUGUCAUGUGUAGCGUUGACCACUUGUGCUGCGUCCGCAUCCUGGCUGUGUGCUUGAAGUACCAGAUGUGUCUUGUCACCCAGCUGAUGCCGCAUGGCAAUCUGUUAAACUACAUCAGAGAAAACGCUCAGCACAUUGGAUCCAAGGCCCUCCUCAACUGGUGCACACAAAUUGCCAGGGGAAUGGCCUAUCUAGAAGAGAGAGGUAUUGUUCAUCGUGAUUUAGCUGCCCGUAAUGUGCUGGUGCAGACGCCAAAUCAAGUCAAGAUAACAGACUUUGGACUGGCCAAGUUACUUUCUGACAGUGAAGUUUACUACUCAUCCGGGGGUCUGAUGCCAAUCAAAUGGUUAGCUUUGGAAUGCAUCAAUCACAGGAUUUUUACUCACAAAAGUGAUGUCUGGAGCUUUGGUGUAACAUUAUGGGAGUUAUUUACCCUGGGUAAGAAACCCUAUGAAAGUAUUAGAACAAAGGAUGUCCCACUGCUUUUGGAGAAAGGGGAACGACUGCAACAACCAUCAAUGUGCACAAUUGACGUUUACAUGAUCAUGGUUAAAUGCUGGAUGUUAGAGGCUGAAUCUCGGCCAUCUUUUAAAGAGUUAGUUGAUGAGUUUGCCAAGAUGUCAAGGGACCCUGGACGUUAUUUAGUCAUUGAGGGUGAUUCACUGAUGAGGCUUCCGAGUGUUUCCAUUGACAAAGAUGAAUUUUUUAAUGGUCUUCUGUCUGAUGGGGAUGAAAACCUCAUGGAAGCUGACGAUUACCUACAGCCAAAUGAAAGCCACAGACUGAUGGGCCCCUCUCUUUCCAGACAAAUCAGUAACAUGUCCAAUUCAUCCCAGCACAGAAUUAUGGGAAACCACAACCCAGAGGGCGGGGCUAAAGGCUACAAGGCCAGCCCAGAUGGUGAGAAAGUGAGAGAGAAAAUGUACGGCCACCUGACUGCAGCGGCCAGGGCCAAGCAUGAGCGGGAACACCCUCACAAUCGUGCAGAUAGUGUGGGCUCCCGUUACAGCUCUGACCCCAUCAAGUACAACAAGAUCAAAGACGGCAUUGAAUGGGCUAUAGAUGAGAAUGUUCCAAACGGUUACCCAAUGGGCUAUGUGUAUGACCCCCGGUCGUCCAAGUUGUCGUCGCCAACAUCAGUGAGGUUACCAGUGGAUAAGGAUGAUUAUCUUGAGCCUGGAGCUGCUGCCCAGUCUUUGGCCUAUUUGGAUCUUGAUAGCAAAGGCUAUUAUCAAAACGAGAAAGACCUAUCAGGCGAGGAUCCCUUUGAUGAAUCUGGCAGUGCGCUCAAUCAUUCAACUUCUCCAGUUUCCUCAGGAAAAGAGCUGAAUGAGAUGCACCAAUACAGUAACUUUGAACCAGGUUCCGAUGUAGCCCCUAAAAACACCGCCACCAACCCAGUCUACUUCGACAGCGAUGAAGUCUGGGAGCGCAACUGGACCAACCGCAACGGCUACCAUGCCGUGCCCAACGUCGCUCUGUCACCAGUCCACUCCAAAAAAAACGGUUCUGAUUCCUACUACAAGAGCAUGAACGGCACGAGUCCAUCGCGCUCACCUUUGGUCAACACAAAAGUGAAAUUGCGUGGGUCAAGACUAGACAGCACGGAAUCAAAUGUCUAGAUGGAU